UAAUUAAUCAAAUGAACAGAGGGUUUCGGUUCCGCCAACGACAUCUCCGCUAAAGACGAAGCUGAAGAAUUUUAUGUGUUUAUAAUCCUCUCUCUUCUUUACUCCAAACCCUAAUUUCAGAUUCAUAAUCCCACAAAUUAUGAAACCUCAACACAACACAGAUUCAUGAACCUCCCAAUUUGCCUCCGGUUCUACCGUUGGAGAAUCGAGGUAUGUUUCCUCAAGCCUCUCAGAGGUCGCUCUCCACACCUCCUACUUCUAUUCAUGGCCGAUGUUUUAGAAAAGGGAAAAGGCCUGAUAUGAGGCGAAAAGACUUAACUGCAACACCCUAUAAAACCUCGAAUUGGAACGAACUACAGUACCAAAAUCGCUUGAAGUCGAGGCGUUUUUAUCCUAAGAAGAAGUCCAAUUACCGUUUUCCUCCAUUUGCGCCUCGCAAUACCACUUCCUUCUUAAUUCGAGCCAAACGAUCCGGUGGUAUUGCGUCGUUGGUUUCGCCUUAUCCGGUCACUCCUGCGGUGUUGCCGACUCCCAUAUUUUCGCCUCUUAGAGAAGUUCUUGUUGAUAUGGCUAAGGAGGAGUGGGGUCUUGAUGGGUAUGGCUCGAUGAAGGGUCUGAUUAGGCUUCGGUCAGCUAAAGACUAUGAGGACGAAGAUGAAGAAGAAGAAGAAGAUGAAGUUGGGGAAUCUGGUGAUAGCGAUGUGGAAGGACAUUUGGAGGUGGAGAGACGGCUGGAUCAUGAUUUAAGUAGGUUUGAAAUGAUUUGCCCAACUUCUGUGGGUGAAGAACAGAGUACCCUUUUGGAGAAUAGAGUGGAUGAUCGAGAUUGUCAUAUAUCCCGGCUUGAGGAAGAAAAUUUAACUUUGAAGGAAAGGGUAUUUUUCAUGGAAAGAGAGUUAGAAGAUCUAAGAAGAAGGGUUCAGUGCUUGGAAACUGAAGGUUGGCGCUUCCAUCUCACGGACAAUAACAAAGAGGAAACUGCAGCAUCUGAGAAUGCCUUUGAUAAUGGUGGCAACGACCAUGCAUGCUCAGAGAAGAGCAUUAAUGACAUUGGGAAUGAAUGAGAAUUACAAAUUCUCAUUUACCAAAGGUCAACCGAGGUGAAUUUGUGCAAAAUAUUUGCAUUAGGAUUAAUUUUAGAGAUUUGACUUUUCAGUUUAUGUAGUUUAGUAAACUUUUCUUUAAUCCUUUUCCUUUGUGGGUCUGACUUAAAUAAGAAUAGAUACAUCAUAUUAGUGUACAGAACUAACCCUUAUGUAAGAAGUUUGUUCUUCUA